GAACCCACGGAAGACUCGAGCGGCGAUGAGGUUGAAGAGAGCAGCGAUAAUGAAUACGUUGACUCUGAAGAACCCGUGGAUGAAGCUUUGGCCUUCGCUCUUGCGAUCCUUGCAAAACGUGAGACCGAUCCGGCGGAGGAAAUAGAAGAGAGCGACUAUGAGGUUGAUGAAAGCGGCGAUGAAGAAGAAGAGAGUGACUCUGAAUUCUCUUACUCUGGAGAAACACUCAUCAUAAAGCCCAAGUGGUGGGUCGAACCUGAAUGGGAUUUGGACAGCUUCGAUGGUCUCGAGUACGAUUCCUCCGAAGAGGAAGAUGAAAUGUCCAAUGAAGAGGAUGAACAAAAGUGGCGCCGCUUUAAACGCCAGCUCACCGAGAGCAAGGGGUUUUACGUGGAGCCGGAGCUUAUGCCAAUGUACAACUACUCACGAUUCAAACCAGUCGAAGAUUUGGAACGUUCUGCAGGUUGCGGCCAAACCUACCGCGAGUUUUUUGCAGAGAUGGCUUGUCUCUGUCUCAAAACAUUCAACCAAUACAAGCGGUUGAAUGUGGAGUUUGUGGAAGUGUUGAGAGGUGCAUUUACAGCAGGAUCCAAAUCAAAGGUGUACAUUUCAUUCAUGGCUAAGGAGAAACCUGAUGGGCCUCUUGUCGAGUACCAAUGUAAGGUUUGUUGUACGGUUGUUCGAAACGUGAACUAUCCCAUCCUCUGUAGACCAGCUCAUAAAACGGGUGAAGAACAAUAAUGGGUUUGGUAACUAAAAACCCACUUGUUCCAGCUACUGUGUGUGUCUGUGUGAGAUAGAACUCUACUCAUGUUAUAUACAUUAUCUCUCUCUUUAUUUGUGUGUUUCUCAAGCAACUGUAUGGUCUUCAAGUUAUGUCGCUUAUGCAACAUAUUUAAGACCUGUUUUUGUAUAUCUUGUCGAAUUUACUAUUUGACUAUCUCAUUAAUAAAACCACCGCCAGAUACUUCUGUAAUUUGUAAAGGAUUUAUCAAAUAUCUUUGUAAGACAUUUAGGGUUUUCACUUUUCUUAUUACAAUAUUAACCCAACUAGAUUUUAAUUCAUGGUACAUCGCGGGAUGAUUUA